AUGCUGAAUUUGGGCGGCAGCCUGCGGCAAUCGCCGCCGCCGGUUGUGGACGCGGGGGAGUUGAUUCCCAAAGGAGCAAUGAUUUCACCGCCGGAAUCCGGAACGUCUGGAAGCGAUGAAGAUGAACCCCCAGAAAUCAAGAAUCGACGGGCCGUCGUCCUCAAAGACCUGAGAGAGGCAGUUAGCCAAAUGUCCAAUGCCACGACCCUUACCCCGCGGCAAUCACGACAUGUAGAUGCCAUCCCUCCCAGUUUACGCGGGAGUUUCAGUACUAGCGCAUUGAGCGAAAUACCCAUGGGAGGCCGCAAGAACGGACACAUGCGAUCUUCCACCGAACCGCAUGCCUCGGCACUCAAGAAGCAAAGCACGUCCUCGGCGGCAUCCGAAGAGGAGGCAGAUGACGACCUCAAGUUCAAACCCCAAAUGGUCAGGAAGAAGUCUGGUGAACUAGUACGACCAGCACUUCGCGGCCAUCGACGCCCGUCCAGUGUGCCGGGCACUCCCGUCUUUUCGAAGGCUGUUCACUUUGACUCUCAUUUAGAACACGUCCGCCACUUCUUACAAGUUGAUCGACCACUUGCCGUCAGCGCUGGCUCAUCACCGGCCGACAAUUACGACGGCAGUGCGGAAUAUCCGUUUCUCGCGGAUAGCCGUGGAAGCAAGGCGCUUCCGUUUGAGUGGGAGCUCGCUACCCCUAAUUUUCCCCACGACUGUCUUGUGCGCAAGACGAUGCCCGUGAGGCUAGAAAAAGUCUGGCUAUCCAACGAUCACAAGUCUCUUUUAGGCUCCAUCACUGUUUCCAAUUUAGCUUUUCACAAAUCGGUUGUUUGUCGCUUUACCAUGGACUACUGGAAGACCGUGUCGGAGGUCAGUGCCGAGUACAGUCAUGAAAUACGUCCCCGCCACAGUCUAGAAGGCCAUGAUAGGUUCACUUUUGCCAUUAAGCUCUCAGACAUGGCCGACCUUGAGUCCAAGACACUCUUCUUUUGCAUUCGUUACACAGUAAAUGGCCAGGAGUACUGGGACAACAACAGUUCGACCAAUUUCCAAGUUGAUUUCAAGAAGAAAUACCUGCAACAGAAUGGUAAGCAGAACUUCCAGGGAGCAUCCUCGAAGCCCCUGAAUGGCCUGCCUCGCAGCAACCGCAGAGUGAAUGGCCCAAGUACAGCGCGCCCUCUCUCAUUGCCCGCAUCCCUGGAUGCUUUCGGUAAUGCCCACGGCGUUUUCAAGUUUGACCAGCCUAUCCAUGAAUACCUGGGCGAAUCCGACACUGCCGGCGGCCUUCGCUUCAAGUCCAAGUCUUCGUCCAGUCUUGCGAGCGAUAACAUCUCCAAGGCCAUGGUGUCACCCAGCGGGGUUGCCUUUUCCAACCGCUACGACUUUGGCGCGUCUCUUAGCGCCGCAGUCAAGGCGGCCAAGGACACAACCUCCAACCUACCCAAGUCGGAGGAAAUGGAAAAGGAUACUCUCUAUAUGAAGAGCAAUGUACGAGGAUCUGAAUCCUUGGUGUCUCUGCCAUUCAGUGGAGGCUUGCCAAGUGGACCGGACUCGCCUGUGUCAAGCCUACCCAGCGCCUCGUACGAGGAACUCGUCAACAAGUAUUGCUUCUUUGGCUCUGCCGCGAAACAGACGAGCGCUGCUGUGAGAAACGGGACGCGUAAGCCUGGGGCAAUGGGCGAAGUGCAAGGGGGGGAUUAUGGGACGGGCAACUCUAGUCCAGUGGACAGCCCAGCUCCGCGGCAUCAUGCCGGUGAGGCUGCGCAUCACAGCCUUAGCUUGGGACAUAUGAAACCUUUUCUUCCGUCGUUCAGCAGCCCGCCUCCGGGCUCGGCCGCCUCUACAGCAGGUCCGAAGAUGCUUCAGGACUCUAUUUCCGCGGCCAUGGCUCCCUGCAUCGGACGAUCAACACCGCCAGCUUUGUUAUCCGGUUCAGGGACUCCCGCCAGCGACGGCAUCUCUGAGCGGUUCCCUUGGACAACAGAGACGCACAGCGCGACAGCAAUUCACGGGUAA